CCUUCAUAUAACCUUCAAUCCCAAAAAUCAAUGAACACAAAAAUUCUGUUAGUGUUAAUCUGUAACUUUCGAAGAAUGAAAACCUUCCAUAGCCAUGUCAGCACCUCCAUCUUCAUCUUCAUCUUGUCACUCUUGUACCCUUUUCACUCUCUAGCUAUUGACACCAUCACACCCUCACAACCCCUCACAAUCAAUCAAAGUCUAGUCUCUAAGGGUGAAUUUUUUGAGUUGGGGUUCUUCAAUCCAGGAAACAAUAAUUUGUAUAUAGGCAUUUGGUACAAGCGAAUUCAGCAGAAAACAUACGUUUGGGUAGCUAAUAGAGACAAUCCCAUUACUUCAUCGUCCGGGAACCUAACCAUCGCCAACAACGGCAACAUGGUGCUUGUAAAUCAAACCGGAACCACCGUCUGGUCGACAAAUCAGCCUACAAAGGUGGUGAAGACGGUGGCGCAGCUUUUGGACAAUGGUAACUUUGUGCUUCGUCCGGAAAACGAUGAGAACCCAGAGAAUUAUAUUUGGCAAAGCUUUAAUUAUCCAACUGAUACUCUAUUGCCGGAGAUGAAACUGGGAUGGGAUAGGAAAUCUGGAAUUCAUCGGUUUUUGAGGCCGUGGAAGACGAUCAAUGAUCCGGCGACUGGUGAUUAUUCUUUCAGAAUGAAUCUCAAUGGGUUCCCGGAGGUGUUGUUGAAGCACAACGAAACAAUAACAUGGCGGACUGGGCCUUGGAACGGGAGGAGGUUUAGUGGUGCGCCGGCGAUGAAAGGGGCGAGUAUUAUGCAGUUUGAAUUUACGGAUAAUUCCGAUGAGAUUAAUUAUUCAUUUAAAUUGCUGAAUAGUUCUAUUUAUUCGCGAUUAAUUAUAAAUUCUUCAGGGAUAAAUGAAAGAUACGUUUGGGUCGAAACAACAAAAGCCUGGAAGAUCUACUGGACUUUCCCUGUUAAUGUCUGCGAUCACUAUAGUACAUGUGGUCCUUUUGGCGUUUGUGAUGCAAACGCUAUACCUAUAUGCAAAUGUAUGACCGGAUUCCAGCCAAAAAACAAAGAAGCAUGGGAUGAUGUAAUACAUGGUUUUGUUGGGUGUGUUCGGAGCUCCAAAUUGGAUUGCGGGUCGGACGGGUUUCUGCCAAUGAAGAACAUGAAAUUGCCUGAGAGCUCGAAAGCGUUUGUUGAUAGGAAGAUGAAUUUGAGCGAGUGUGGGGAGAUUUGCAGAAGGAAUUGUUCUUGUGCCGCUUAUGCUAAUAUGAAUAUCACUGAAGGCGGGUCGGGUUGUGUGAUUUGGGAAGGAGAUCUCAUCGAUAUGAGGCAGUAUGCUGAGUCUGAAGAUGGUGGACAGGCACAGGAUCUUUACGUUAGAGUUUCUGAUUUGGAUACCAAAUUAAUAGAGGAACCACCAACUACCAAAGAUAACGGCAGCAAAGUUGGCAAAGUUGUGGGCAUUAGCGUCAGUACUGCUUUUGCGGUGUUCAUAUGUAUAGUGAUACUCUUCUACUUGAAGAGGAAGAAAACACAAUCCUGGAAUAGAGAAGGUCCACAAGAAAGAGCCGAACACAUCAUAUUAAAUAAUGGAGUUAUUCUGCCAAGUAGGAGAGAUUAUCAUAGUGACACAGUCAUGGACGAACUCGAAUUACCAUUAUUCGAUUUUACAACACUGGCAGUGGCUACAAACAACUUCUCAAACACAAAUAAACUUGGGCAAGGUGGCUUCGGGUGUGUGUACAAGGGUACAUUACCAGGAGGUGAAAUUAUAGCGGUAAAAAGGCUCUCAAGUGUUUGUGAGCAAGGGGUUGAGGAACUUAAAAACGAGGUUCGGUUAAUUGCGAAACUCCAACAUCGAAACCUUGUUCGAGUACUAGGUUGUUGCAUUGAGGUUGAAGAGAAGUUGUUGGUUUAUGAAUUCAUGGAAAAUAAAAGUUUGGAUACGUUUCUUUUUGAUAAAGAGAAAAGCAUGAAACUCAAUUGGAAAAUCCGACUAGAAAAUAUUCGGGGGACCGCACGAGGUCUUCAUUAUCUUCAUCAUGAUUCAAGAUUUAAAAUCAUUCAUCGAGAUAUGAAAGCAAGUAAUAUUUUAUUAGAUAAAGAAAUGAAUCCAAAAAUAUCAGAUUUUGGUAUAGCAAGGAUUUUUGGAAGCGAUCAAACAGAAGCGGAAACAAAGAUAGUGGUUGGAACAUAUGGUUAUAUGUCACCAGAAUAUGCGAUGGAGGGCCAUUUCUCAACCAAGUCAGAUGUUUUUAGUUUUGGAGUUUUGAUUCUCGAGAUAGUAAGCGGUAAAAGGAAUAGAGGAUCAUUCAACACGAGUAACAAAAUGAACCUUCUUGGACAAGCAUGGACGUUAUGGAACGAAGGCAACGCUUUAGAACUACUAGACGGAUCUCUUGGGACCAAAUAUUCAAAGAAUGAAGUUUUGAGGUGCAUACAAGUUGGAUUGUUAUGCGUUCAAGGACAACCAGAAGAUCGACCUAGUAUGUCAAAGGUGUUGUUGCUAUUGAGCAGUGAAACAGUGCGAAUGUCACAACCAAAACACCCUGGAUUGAUUACUAGAAAUAUAAAUAACGAAACAGAAUCUCCAAACAUAAGUGAUGAUCCCAUGACCACAAACGGAAUCACAAUGUCGAUACUAGAUGGUAGAUAGCGAA